ACCAUCAAUCAGGCCACCACUAAUAUGGUUGAUGGCAUAGAUCUAGAUGAAAUUAAAGAAUUUGCCAAAGCAUUUAAGUUAAGACGUUUAUCAUUGGGCCUAACCCAGACCCAGGUGGGUCAAGCCCUAUCUGUUACCGAGGGCCCAGCAUACAGUCAAAGUGCCAUAUGCAGUGCAUUAGCCGCACAAAUGUACGCUGCUCAACUCUCGUCUCAACAGCAAAACAUGUAUGUUGAAAACGGAAAAAAUAAGUUCGAAAAGCUGGAUAUAACACCAAAGAGCGCUCAGAAAAUCAAACCCGUUCUCGAGCGUUGGAUGAAAGAGGCCGAAGAGAGCAGUCACUGGAAUCGUUUCAAGUCGGGCCAAAACCAUCUAACCGAUUACAUUGGCGUUGAACCAUCGAAGAAACGCAAACGACGUACCUCGUUUACACCGCAAGCCUUGGAGCUUUUGAAUGCUCAUUUUGAGCGCAAUACCCAUCCAUCGGGAACCGAAAUUACCGGCCUGGCCCAUCAAUUAGGCUAUGAACGUGAAGUUAUACGCAUUUGGUUCUGUAAUAAACGUCAAGCUCUCAAGAACACCGUGCGCAUGAUGUCCAAAGGUAUGGUGUAAGGCCUCAUCGUCAGACCAUAUACACCAUUAGCUAACUGGGAGAGUGAAGAAAAAGAAAGAGAGAGCAUUCAUUGGGCCUUGGACUUUCACCGACAGCCAGCCAUCUGAAGAAAAACAAAAUUACAAGGGAAACAUAGCUAUUCCAAUCAUCUAAAUUUUGUAUAAAAAAUAUUAAAAUAAGGAUUCGUCACAUGUACUCUUCAAGUUUUUAAAGAAAGGGAAGAGAGAGAGCUUUGAGUUGAUAAAGAGCUUUUGGUCGGUGGAUAUGCAAAUUAAUGUUUUAAAUUGUUAAGUUUCGGAGAGCGUUCCAUUAUCUCAUAUAUCAAAGAAAGUAUU